AUGAAGCUCAUUCACCGAACUGAGGCCCUUGUAGGGCUUGCGUAUUGUGUAUAUGCGAGCCCACUUGGCAAGCUUGCUCGUGUGGUCAACCCAGCCAUAGCCUCGAACACAACAUACGACUUUAUCAUCGUUGGGGCUGGUAUUGGUGGGCUUACAGUCGCUGAUCGUCUCACCGAGGACCCCGAUACCUCAGUAUUGGUUGUCGAAUACGGCUCGUUCGAUCAAGGUGAAGAUACUGUUUUGGUUCCGGGGUCAUAUUUUCCAGUACCGUACUUUUGGCCCAGCAUCUUCAGUACUCCUCAGAGGGGUCUAAAUAAUGGAACAUACUUUGUUCCCAUGGGACGAGUUGUUGGAGGGGGAUCUACCAUCAAUGCAAUGUUUUUCUUAAGAUGCCCAGCCCUGGACUACGAUUCUUGGGAAGCCCUAGGCAAUCCAGGAUGGGGCUGGGAAGAUUUACUUCCCUAUUUCAAGAAAAGCGAGGCUUUCGGGAGACCAGAGCAAUCGUUUGCCAAGAGCCGAAAUAUAACCUGGAUUGACUCCGUCCAUGGUUUUGACGGGCCUAUUCAAGCGAGCUAUUCGCCGUAUGACUACGAGUCUAGUGCAAACUUUUGGAAUGCCGCUACCUCUAUUGGAAUAACUCCACGCAUGGAUCCUAGUUCUGGGGAUGCUACUGGACUUUUUUGGCUCUUAAGAGCUCUCAAUCCUGUCUCGGAGACAAGAUCUUACGCCAAGAUUGCGCACUAUGACCGAGUGAAGUCGCGUCCAAAUUAUCAUUUGCUCCCAGAUCAUGCUGUGAAUAGGGUGGUUUUCCGAAACAAGACAGCUAUUGGCGUUGAAUAUCUUUCGCCCAGUACAGGAGAGAUCAGCACUGCCAGGGCCACCAAAGAAGUCAUCAUGGCUGCCGGAGCUGUACACUCGCCACAGAUUCUCCAGCUUUCUGGUGUUGGGUCCGAGGCGCUGCUGAAAGGUCUCGGAAUCGAUGUCGUAGUGGACCUGCCUGGUGUUGGGCAAAACUUCCAAGAUCAUAUGGAUCUUAAAGUUGACUAUAAUUUUACUUCCAAUAUCAAGCCCAACGCCGGCACGCUGAACACAAAUGCCACUUACGAUGCAGAACAGAGGGCUCUGUACGAUACAUCUCGUCAAGGCGCAUACACACUCAUUCGAAAUACAGGGAACAAUAUAGUCCUCCUACCACUCCAGAACGCCACUUCGAAAUGGCAGUCAAUCAUUGACAAAGCCAAGUCUCUGCGCCCGGCCUCCCUACUGGCGCCAAACACCCAUCCAUCGGUCGUCAAAGGCUACGCAGUCCAACGCGAGAUAUUGUUCAAGCAGUACGCAUCCUCGAGAACUUCAGUAGGCAGUAUCAGCUGGAACACAGGUCCCGAAACAACAAUCUACAUGAUCAAGCCUCUAAGUCGAGGCUCGAUCAAAAUCGCCACAACGAGCAUCCUCGACAACCCCUUGAUCGACUUCGGCGCAGCGACUGAUCCUACAGAUCUCGACUUUGUUCUUGCCCUAUACCUCAAGAAUCGCGAGAUCAUGCACCAAUCAUCAAUGCAGGUACUUGGGCCAACCGAAAUAACCGCAGGAGGGAACACGACGAAUGAAGACGAGUUGAAGGCUGCUUUCCGAGCUCGGAUCAACCCGUCGAAUGCACACGAGUGCUGCACGUUACCCAUGAUGAAGCGUGAGCUAGGUGGCGUUGUUGAUGAUCAGCUGAGAGUGUAUGGUGUCAAGGGAUUGAGUGUGGCAGAUGCCAGCUUCUUCCCCAUCACACCCGCCAGUGCACCGUCGGCAACACUAUACGCCGCUGCAGAAAAGGCUGCAGAUAUGAUCAAGAAACGACACGGUCUGCCACCUUUUCGCAGCGGGUAG